GAAUCAAAAAAUAUUACAAAUAAAUAAAAUAAUUGAUAUUGAUAAAUAUUCAAUUGAUUUUGAAUGUGGUGUGCAAUAUCUAAAUUGUGUACCAAACAAGAUCAAAGUGUUACACCAACAACUGUCAGUGAUUUAAGUACAUCUGAGAUUAAUCCUGGUGAAGAUACAAGAAUGGAUUUAGCACAGGAUACAUUAUCAUAUGAUAGUGCACAAUCAAAAUAUCGAGCAUCAGUAAAAUGGUUGUUAUCGAAAGCAUUUAAUAACAAAAUACCAGAAAAUUUGCGUGAACCAUUUUAUAAAGAUCAUGAAAAUCAAGAACAUUUAAAACCACAAAUAAUUGGUGGUUUAGCGAAUUGUGAAUUAUAUUGUUUAGCAUUAGGUAACAUUUAUUCAGAUCCAAAUUACAAUAAUUUAAAUCAUACAACAAUAUUACAAACAUUAGCACGUAAAGGUGUCUUCAACAAUACCAAAAAUAUCGAAAUCACUGAAACAAUAUUAAUUCAAACGAAUCCAUUACGUAUACAAGCACACAUAACUGUUAUCGAAUCCAUUAUGAUAUUAUAUAUGAAAGAAGUAGCAUCCUAUGAUCAAAUUUAUAAUUCAAUUGAACGUAUUGGACAAUUAUCACGAAUUCAAUCGACAUCAGCGCUACAUGAAGCCGAUCAAGCGUUGUUGAUAUGGUUAAAUUGUAUAUGUGCUGCGUUACAACAACGGAUCUUAUUAACGCAUGAUGAUGAUUCGAGUGAUCAACAGAGCUCGGAAAAUGGUAAAAAUAAGAUUCCUAAAAUACCAUCAAACAUACAAGAUUUAAAAGAAUUAUCAAAUGGUAUUGUGUUAGCUUCGUUAAUAUCGUAUUAUUGUCCGGAUGAAGUAUCAAUACAUCAAAUUAAAUACAAUACACAAUCUAUAUCGGAAUCCUUAUCAAAUUUAAUAUUAGUUUACCAAUUUUGUUCUAAACAUUUACCACCAUGUUCUGUAUUUCAUAUGUUACCUGAAGAUAUUGCUUAUUUAAAAAGUUGUAUGAAAUAUAAUUUACUAGUAUUCCUUGCUGAUUUAUUCAAUAUAUUAGAAAUACAUCCAAUUCAAUGUGUUCGAUAUCCUGGAAUGGAUCGUUCAUCUAUUGCAACAUCAGGACGGAAUAGCCAAGGUGUUGCACAUAAACGUAAUCUACCACCAACAGUGGUUACACCGAUUCCUGAUCUGCGCAGCGGCCUCGACACACCACCCCCGUCGGGUGCUAAUUUUACAGUGCCAAGAAGUACGUCAACGUUUGGUGGUGGAACGAGUUCAACGUUAUUAAAAAAGCCAGUAAUAUAUCAAUCAACGUCAGAAUUUAGUGAAGAUAGUUUAUUUAGACGCGGUGAUUCGGAUGAUAGUUUUAUUGUACAUCGAAAUCGUACAAUUCCAACCUUAAGCUCAGUCAUAUCAUCAACAACAUCAACACUAACAUGUGAUGAGCCACUGAUAGCAGCGCGAUUACGUCCAUCCAAAGAAAAACAAAAUACAGACACAAAAUCUGAUGAACGAGGGGAUGGUAGCGGUCGAAUGGUAGCAGCUGGUAAACCAAGUAAUUGGGAAGAUACACGUAAAAUAAGUUAUGCAGGACGGCGAUCACGACGUAAUUCAUUCUCAGAUGAUUCACAAUUAACAAUAGAAAAUUUUGGUGGAUCACAAGAUCAUAUUCAUUUAAUUGGACGACAUCCUGAUAAAGAAUUAAUUAAUGCUAAAUUAAAUGAUUAUAUACACAAUACGGAGUUCGUACCAGCUGUGCCGAUUCGGAGUUCGUUACAAGAUGCUCGAGGUUCGAUACAGCUUGGUUACAAUGAUGGUACAGAAGAUGUUGUUGAUGAGAAACAAGAUCGUAUGAAGAAAUCAUCAAAUGAAAAUUUACAUCAUCAACAUUAUCAGAAUAAUAAUGUUAGAAAAUUAUCGAAUAAAGAAAAUGAGCUGGUAAAUAAUAAUAAUGACAGUGAUGAAUCGAAAUUAUCAAGCUUUGCAAAUUUAUCAAAACAUAUGCCGGUGGAUGCAAGCGACAGUGGUUCACCAGCAGGUCGUGCUAAUAAUAUACAUAUUGUUUAUAUGCAACAUGACAAAGAUGAUGAUGUGCCAUCCAAUAAUUCUAGUCUAUAUAAUAAAUCUCAUUCUAAUAAUACAACAAAUGGUACAUCAUCAUCAACAACUACAAAAAGUACAGAAAAGAAAACCACAACAUUUGCAACAUUACCAAAUACAACAACAUGGCAACAACAAAGUGUUAUACAAAGUAGCAGUGGUGGAAGUGGUGGAAACAAUGAUACAAGCGGUAAUUCAACAAGCAAUACUGGUACAGGUGGUAAUGUUGUAAUGGCAUCACAAUUAAAUAAUAUUCGUAUGAAAUUAGAAGAGAAACGAAGACAUAUUGAAAGUGAAAAACGUCGUAUGGAAUUAAUUAUGAGUAAACAACGACAAAAAGUUGGUAAAGCUGCAUUUUUACAAGCAAUUACAAAGGGAAAGAACAAUAUAUUAACUCGAGGUGCUGGUGAUAAUAAUUGUAGUGAUAAUAAUAUUGAUAAUGAUGAUGGGGUUCAGGUUGUAAAUGUAAAUGAUAACAACACACAUGUUGACAUUGACAUGACAACACCUCAGCGACCAUUCACGCUGAAGGAGAUAACAGAUGAUGCACAAACAGUUGAAAAUAAAUGGCUGAAUCCAGAGAAUGGUGGUGAUUCAAGUCAUUUUAUUGAAACUAGAAAAACACCUGACAUUGAAAAUAUGGAUUUAGAACAAUAUCAACAAUCAUUAGCAAUGAUGAAUAAUAGUUUACAUGAUAUACAAGUGGAUAUACAACGUUUAGCAUCACAACAGAAUCAAAUCCAACAUCAAAAUUUAUUACAACAGCAACAACAACAUAUGGCCUUUAUUUUAUCACAGCAACAACAACAACAAACUCAACAUCAACAACCCCAACAACCGAUGUACCAUUAUGGUUCACAUCAUAAUAUAUCAACACAAUCAGCUAAUGCUCAACAUUUAAAUCAAAUGCAUAAUAUGUUUAGUUCUGUAUCACAUAUACCACAUCAUCAACAACAACAACAACAACAACAAUUAUUUAAUAAUACGAAUAGUAAUGUUGGUAGUGGUGGGGGUGGGGGUGAAUUUUAUUUGCAUGAUAAUAAACAACAAACGUCUUCAUCAUCUUCACCUAUACAACGACGUACAUGGUCAUCACAAUCACCAGGUCAACAACAACAACAACAAUUAAAUAAUAAUGUUAAUAAAACAACGUGGAAGGCUACAAGUGAUAAUAAACCACAAACUUUGUCACAACAACAUUUACAAGAUUUACAGAGGUAUCAAAAUGGUCAGCAACAAUGGUCAACACCUUCAUCAUCAACGACAUCAUCACCACAACAUAGAACACUAGGCGGUCAUGGUAGUGUACAUCGACAGAUAUCACACAUGUUAUCUAGUGGCAGUGGUGAUGGUCCACAUCAACAGCAACCAGUGAAUUUGAAACAAAUUGAACAUCAAGAUCGUACGCUAACACGCAGUUCAAGUGCAUUAAUUAAUUUGAAUACCGGUACUAGUAAUAAUUAUAAUAAUACUGGUGGAAGUGGAGGGGUAGUACCAGUACCAGAUGAUAUGGAACCACAGAAUAUAUCAUUUAUUGGUAAUAAUGAUACAACAAUACCAUUAACAGAUGGUAUGAAUCGUUUAAAUAUUACAUCUGGUACAAGAACAUAUCGAAUACCAUCACCUACUAGACAAUAUCAUCAUUAUCCACAUGUAUCAUCUAUUCAACAGCAACAACAACAACAACAACAACAACAGCAGCAGCAACUGCAACAACUGCAACAACAAUUACAAGAACAACAAGAUAAUAAUACUGAACAAAAAGGUUUUUAUAUAUCAUUCGAUGAUAACGAACAACAGCCAAAACGUCCAAAACCACCGUUACGUGGUAUCAAAUCACGCUCAUCACCUAAAAAAGAACGUUCAUCAGAUGACUUAAAAACAACACACGACCGUGAACGUGAUCAUGACAAUGUUGAUAAUAUAUUAUUAAGAAAAUCAUCAUCAACGCUUUUAAAUCGUAAUAAUAGUAAUAUUAGUAAUACAACAACAGCGAGUACUACAAGUACAAGUAGUAAUAGUAAUACAAACGAUAGUAAAAUUAGAGAGAAAAGUCCAUCAGCUGCUAUUAUCAUUGGUUCGGAACCAGAUCCGAAUUCAUUAGAUGAAAUGGAAAAGAAAAAAGAACGUAUUAUGUUAUUAUCAUUACAACGACGACAACAGCAAGAAGAAAUGAAAGCACGUAAAGAAGCUGAGAUAAUAGCGCGACGUGAACAUGAAAAACAAAAAGAGGAAGAACGACAACGUAAAAAGGAGGAACAAGCGCAAAGAAGACAAAUUAUAUUAGAACAAUAUAAAUUAAAGAAAGCUAUCGAAGAAGCUGAGCGUGAAGGCAAAAUACUAGAUAAAACGGAAUUAAUGAAUACAAUAAUGAAAUCAACGCCAUCAACUCCAUCUACAUCGACUUCAUCAUCAUCAACUAAACUACGUGGUAAAACAACUGGCAGACCCAGACCCAAAACAAUCCAUGUUGAUACUGGUAGUGUUGAAUUAGCCGAAGGAAUGUUAACCCCAAGUAGUAGAGGGAAAAAAGGUUCUACGUCGAAUUUAACAAGAGAUUUAAACUCACAUACAUCAUAUAAUAAUAAUAAUAAUAAUACAAAUACAAUGUCAUCAAUGAGACGUGAUUACUAUCGUGGAUCACAUGAUAGUUUAGCUGAUACCACAUCUAGUUCAUUAUAUAGAGAUUCACCAGAUGAUGGUCGAGGUGCAUCACCAUGUUGUAGUGUUAAUCAAACAUUAGGACGACGAGCAUCUUAUAAAACAUCUAGGGACAACAAUGUAGCUUCUAAUGAUGGUGGACAUAUUAGAGGACGUUCUAAAUAUUCUACAUAUCAAUCAAAUUUAAGAGUAGGAGGUGCUGCUCGUCUUAAAUCUAAUUCAAUGAUGAAUUUGUGUGGUUCAAGUACUGACCAGGAUAGUAUGAUGUAUCGUUAUGGUGAUACAGAUUCAGGUUUAGGACGAGCAACACCACCAAGACGUGCACCAUCACCGGGUAUGAGUGGCGCUGGUAGUGGUGGUAUACGCCAUUUAACAUCACCAUCCGGACCUGGCUCAUUACCACCUGGUUUGAUGACAUCAAAACAACGUCGAAUGUUUGAUGAUGGAUGUAGUGAUAUAAGUUCAACGCCAAGUUCAAUGAUGGACUAUUCGGGUCCACGUUUAUAUAAACAACCGACAACAAAAUCAAAUCGUGGUAUAAUGUUAAAUGCUGUUGAAUAUUGUGUAUUUCCUGGUGUUGUAAAUAAAGAAGCUAAAAAUCGUGUGUUAGAAGAAAUAGCACGAUCCGAGAGUAAACAUUUCUUAAUAUUAUUUCGUGAUGCUGGUUGUCAAUUUCGUGCGUUGUAUUCAUAUUGUCCAGAACGUGAAGAAGUUUCAAAAUUAUAUGGUACUGGUCCAAAACAAGUAAAUGAUCGUAUGUUUGAUAAGUUUUUUAAAUAUAAUUCUGGUGGUAAAUGUUUUUCACAAGUUCAUACAAAACAUUUAACUGUAACCAUUGAUGCCUUUACAAUACAUAAUUCAUUAUGGCAAGGAAAAAAAGUUAAUUUACCAAAUAAAAAAGAUAUGGCACUUGUUAUUUAG